GGAGAGGCAGAGAUCCAUCCGACUGGGAAUCAGGAAACUCCGCUUUCGGCUCGUCAUGGCUGGGAACCGAGGCACCAUCCGGGGAGCAUCCAACUUCAAUGCCAACGAAGAUGCCCAGAAGCUGCGCAAAGCCAUGAAAGGCCUGGGAACGGACGAGGACGCCAUCAUCGACAUUCUGGUCAACAGGAACCUGUCCCAGCGGCAGGAGAUUAAGAUGACCUACAAGGCCACCAUUGGCAGGGAUCUGAUGAACGACUUGAAGUCGGAGCUGGGCGGGAAGUUUGAGAAGGUCCUGCUUGCGCUGAUGACGCCCAUCACCUUGUAUGAUGUGGAGGAGCUCAAAAGGGCCAUGAAGGGGGCCGGGACAGAUGAAGGCUGCCUGAUUGAGAUCCUGGCAUCUCGCACCAAUGAGGAAAUCCGGCGGAUCAAUGAAACCUACAAGCACCAAUACGGGACCACCCUGGAGGAAGACAUCGUAUCGGACACUUCCUCCAUGUUCCGGAGAGUCCUGGUGUCCCUGGCCACCGGCAACCGGGAUGAAAGCAACUAUGUCGAUGAAGCCCAAGCCAAGCAAGAUGCUGAGUGCCUUUACGAAGCAGGGGAGAAACGAUGGGGGACAGAUGAGGCCCAAUUCAUGACGGUCCUCUGCACAAGGAAUCGGAACCACCUGCUAAGAGUGUUUGACGAAUACAGGAAGAUUGCCGAUAAGGACAUUACGGAGAGCAUCAAGUCCGAGAUGUCGGGAGACCUUGAGGAUGCCUUGUUGGCCAUAGUCAAAUGCAUGCGGAGCAGGACCGCCUACUUUGCCGAAAGGCUCUACAAAUCAAUGAAGGGCAUAGGGACAGACGACGACACGCUCAUCCGCCUGAUGGUGUCCCGCUGCGAGAUCGACAUGAUCGACAUCAAGGCGGACUUCAAGCGGAUGUACGGGAAGUCCCUCUACUCCUUUAUCAAGGGAGACACUUCAGGAGACUACAGAAAAGUUUUGCUCCACCUUUGCGGAGGGGACGACUAAACUCUUUUGCUACCGGUAGUAAAGUAGCUUCAGGCUAUUGCAGCAAUGCUUGCAAAUAAUGCCAUUUCUAUAUCAUGCAAAUGCAAGUGGAAGGAAUGAAUGGCAGCUUGGUAUGCAAUAUAUAUACAAUAGAAUGGUAGAAAUUCUUUCUAAUAGUGGAUAAAUAGGUGUCCUCUAAAGUAAUUCCCAUUUACGUUGUUCAUCAUUAUUUUCUGUCAUUAUUGGGGGUGAAAAAUAAAGGAAUCAAAGGAUUUCUUAGCUUCAGUCCUGGGAUUCAUAGCUUGCAAAUACCCUCAUUUGCACACACUGUAGAUGCCAAUUUUGUGCCUUUCCUAGAACACAAUGGAAAUGUAACUCAGGUGAAUUUGGUGUUGGAGCUUUGAAAAAACACUUUAAAAUGGCCUUAAACAUUGCAAUAAUUUCAGUUGCCUUCCAGUUCAAUUAUGGGGGAAAGGACAAGCACAAUUUAGACUUCAAUGCCAUGUCUAUACGUAAUAUUUUGCUACCCAAAAAUAAAAUUUGCUUUGGAUUGAAAA